CCCGGAUGUAAGGGGGCGUAUCUUUGCCUGAUGACUGACGGGAGGAAGCUGAUAUGUGAGGUGAUUUGAGCGGCCAGUCCCGGAUUCUCAGGCUGUCUCUCCCCCGCUUCCCUGCGCUCUGAUACACCGGGCUUCUCUUCCUUCCUUCCUUUUUUUUAUAGCGUUUAUUUUCCUUGAUAUGACGCGGACCAAGAGAACAUGAGGCCGUCCUUUCGGGAGAGUCCUAAUGGAAUGCUGUCGGAUGGAACCGCGUGUGUCGCCGCUAUGGGGAUUUGAUCAUGAAGUCCGUUAGCCAGGCAGCGCCGCCGCCGACGCCGCCGCUGCUGUGUGACGCUAAGCUAAGCUGAGGCGAUUCCUAACACUGUCAUGGUGUAAUAUUUCGUUUGCUUUUUUCAAUCGUCUGUAAAUUUUAUCGUAUUGUUUAGGCUUUUUUUUAAAUAUAUUUUUCCUUUUUAUUAAAUUGAUAACACCAGUUUGCGGUGUAUGUUUAGUCACCGGUCAGCUGGCUAGCUAAUAAAUAAUCGACAUGACUAGCAUGGCUGAGUUAGCGGAGAGAAUUCUUUUGUCAGAGCAGAAAUAGUUUUAUAUUUAUAUAAGAAAGGUGAAGAAUAAAAGUUUGAUGACUUUUCUUUUUUUAUUAUUAUUACGAAAAGCAGUAUUGCACUAGAUGAUAAAAUAAUAUUCGAGUCAAUUCAGUGAUCAUUCUCGCAAUAUCAUUGAGAGUCCACUGUGAGUGAGGGUUUAAAGAUCUUCUCUGACACCUUCACGAAGCUCCAGAGGCCUUGCUUGAUCUUCAGUGGAGGUUUGGUGACACUCCGGCACGGAUUUGUCAGACUGUCACCUUCCUGUUCCUGGUUCAGGAUUAUUCAUUUUCGUAUUAAAUCUCCAUCAAGACAAAAAAAAUGUGAAUUGGGAGAUCCUGAAACCCAGAUUGACCUCAUGAUGGCCUCUUUUCUUCUACAUGACUUUGCCACCCCGGAGGCUAAAAUGUCAAAAUAAAUUUCGAAGGAUUUUGGGAUUUAUGGACAUGGAUCUCUAAAGCAUCUGGAUCUCUCUAUCACUCUCUCUCUAUCUCUUAACGUCUGUCUUCUUGCGGGUGAAAGCUGUUGGUCUGCAAACAUGGGAGAAACCAGUCUGAACAACUCGAAUGUCAAGGUGGCCGUCCGCGUCCGACCCAUGAACCGGAGAGAAAAGGACCUGAACACAAAAUGUGUGAUCGAGAUGGAGGGGAACCAAACCUUCCUGCAUCCGGCAAGCGGGAACCUGGGAAAAGCCGACUCCAGCAGGAGUCAGCCCAAGGUUUUCGCUUACGAUUACUGCUUCUGGACCAUGGAUGAAUCCGAAAAGGAAAAAUAUGCAGGACAAGACAUCGUGUUUCAGUGCCUCGGGGAGAGUUUGCUUCACAACGCCUUCCAGGGUUACAACGCCUGCAUCUUUGCAUACGGACAAACCGGCUCAGGAAAAUCAUAUACCAUGAUGGGGUCUGCAGAUCAGCCAGGUCUGAUCCCACGUCUCUGUAGCUCGCUUUUUGAGCGCACACUGCAGCACCAGCGAGAGGAGGAGAGCUUCACCGUAGAGGUCUCCUUCAUGGAGAUCUACAACGAGAAAGUUCGGGACCUCCUCGACCCCAAGGGGAGUCGUCAAGCUCUGAAAGUGCGAGAACACAAAGUCCUAGGACCGUACGUGGACGGACUCUCUCGGCUCGCCGUGAGGAGUUACAAGGACAUCGAGUCGUUAAUGUCCGAGGGGAAUAAAUCUCGCACCGUGGCCGCCACCAACAUGAACGAAGAAAGCAGUCGCUCCCACGCCGUUUUCAACAUCAUCCUCACACACACACUCCGGGACCUGCAGUCUGGGACCAGUGGGGAGAAAGUGAGUAAGCUGAGUUUGGUGGAUUUGGCUGGAAGUGAGAGAGCAGCUAAAACUGGUGCGGCUGGUGAGAGGCUGAAGGAAGGAAGCAACAUUAAUAAGUCUUUAACCACACUGGGGCUGGUGAUCUCAGCGCUGGCUGACCAGGGUGCAGGAAAGAACAAGAGCAAGUUUGUGCCUUACAGAGACUCCGUGCUCACAUGGCUGCUUAAGGAUAGUUUAGGAGGAAACAGCCGGACUGCCAUGGUGGCUACGGUGAGUCCGGCAGCCGAUAACUAUGAAGAGACUCUGUCCACGCUGCGCUACGCCGACCGUGCCAAGAGCAUCGUCAACCACGCCGUCGUGAACGAGGAUCCCAACGCCAGGAUCAUCCGACAGCUGAGGGAAGAGGUGGAGAAGCUCCGGGAUCAGCUCACGCAAGCAGAGUCUAUGAAAGCUCCGGAGCUGAAGGAGAGGUUGGAGGAGUCUGAGAAGUUGAUCCAGGAGAUGACUGUUUCCUGGGAGGAGAAACUGAGAAAGACUGAGGAGAUUGCACUGGAGAGACAGAAGCAGCUGGAGAGUCUGGGCAUCUCUCUGCAGUCGUCAGGAAUCCGUGUCGGAGAGGAUAAAUGCUUCAUGGUCAAUCUGAAUGCUGACCCCGCCCUUAACGAGCUGCUGGUUUAUUACCUAAAGGACCACACAAUGGUGGGCUCAGCGGACUCGCAGGAUAUUCAGCUGUGUGGCAUGGGCAUCCAGGCUGAGCACUGUGUCAUCAACAUCACCCCCGAGGGAGCGGUUUUCAUCAAUCCAUACAAGAAUUCCAGGACGUGUGUAAACGGCUCUCCAGUCACCAGCCAGCAGCAGCUUCACCAUGGCGACCGCAUCCUGUGGGGCAACAAUCACUUUUUCAGAAUAAACCUUCCGAAGCGACGCCCUCGUCCUGUGGCUGAGGAGGAGGAAGGAGAGGGGGGUAACAUGAAGAACAGCUAUAGCAGUGAACAGCUGGACGCGGAAGGAGAUACAGCCAGCGAAGUUUCCAGCGAAGUCAGCUUCAGCUACGAGUUCGCACAGACGGAGGUCAUGAUGAAGGCCCUGGGGAGCAACGACCCCAUGCAGGCCGUCCUGCAGAGUCUGGAGCGACAGCACGAGGAGGAGAAGCGCACCGCCCUGGAGCGUCAGCGGCUGAUGUACGAGCAGGAGCUGCAGCAGCUGCGCAGACGCCUCACCCCCGAACGCCAGAGCAUGCAGAACCAGCAGCAAUACCGCAGCAUGGAGAGACUCAGCCUGGGCGGGUCGGCGUCGUCUUCCCGUCUGCGCCAAUGGAGCGAGGAGCGGGAGGCGAUGCUGACGCGGAGCUUACGGAAACUUCGGGAACAGAUCGUCAAAGCCAACCUGCUGGUUCAAGAGGCGAGUUUCAUCUCAGAGGAACUGGACAAGAAAACCGAGUACAGAGUCACACUGCAGAUUCCUGCUGCAAACCUCAACGCCAACAGGAAGCGUGACGCUGUGCUGAGUGAACCUGCCAUCCAGGUGAGGCGGAAAGGCAAAGGUAAGCAGAUCUGGGCUCUGGAAAAGAUGGAGAACAGAUUGGUGGACAUGAGGGAGCUCUAUCAGGAGUGGAAGGACUACGAUGAGGACGAUCAUCUGAUGCGUUCAUACUUUAAAAGAGCAGACCCUUUCUUUGACGAGCAAGUCAAUCACAGUCUGAUUGGAGUGGCCAAUGUCUUCCUGUCCUGCCUGUUUUAUGACGUGAAGCUGCAGUACGCCGUGCCCAUCAUUAACCAGAAAGGAGAGGUGGCAGGACGGCUGCACGUGGAGCUUGUGCGUGUUGCUGGAGGUGUCGAAGAUUGCAUGGGUGAAGGUGAAGAUGGAGACAGCAGCCCUGAAGGAGAUCAGCUUGAACGCAAGCUUGUUUGUAUGAUUAAGAUCCUGCAGGCUACAGGCCUCCCCCAGUACCUGUCCAACUUUGUUUUCUGUCAGUACUCUUUCUGGGACCAGGCUGAGCCCAUCAUCGUGGCUCCCGAGGUGGACCCAUCUGCCACGUCUCCCACCAGCAAAGACCCUCACUGCAUGGUGGUGUUCGACAGCUGUAAGGAGCUGGCUGUGGCAGUAACAGAAGAUUUCAUCGAGUAUCUAACCGAGGGAGCGCUUGCUAUUGAAGUAUUUGGCCACAGGCAAGCUGAUCCAGGCAGGAACCUUGCCCUGUGGGAUCUCAGCAUUAUUCAGGCCAAAACUCGCACACUGCGUGACAGAUGGAGCGAAGUUACACGAAAGCUGGAAAUGUGGGUACAGAUCCUGGAGCUGAAUGAGAAUGGAGAGUACAUACCUGUGGAGGUGUUAUCAGCUGGAGAUGUUCGGACAGGGGGCAUCUUUCAGCUGCGACAGGGUCAGUCUCGGCGGGUGCAGGUGGAGGUGCGUUCGGUUCAGGAUUCUGGGACUAUGCCACUGAUAUCCGAGAUCAUUCUGGGCGUGUCUGCCGGGUGCGUGGAGAUCAGACAGGCUCGUCCUGUUAAAGGCAACGACUCGCAACAGCCGGAAGGCGAUGAAAUGGACAGCUAUCAGGAGCGAGACCUGAAUCGGCUGAGAGACCAGUGGCUGGACGCUCUCACUAAGAGACAGCAGUACUUGGACGAGCAUCUCCAGAGUCUUGUCAUCAAAACAGAUAAGUCUGAAGAUGAUAUGGAGCGUGAGGCUCAGCUGCUCGAGUGCCGUCUGACUCUCACUGAGGAAAGGAAUGCGGUGAUGGUGCCCUCUGCUGGCAGCGGCAUCCCGGGAGCUCCUGCGGAGUGGGUACCGGUGCCUGGGAUGGAAACUCACAUUCCAGUCCUCUUUCUUGACCUGAGUGCUGAUGAUUUUAACUCCCAAGACAAUCUGGAGGGUCCGGAAGCCGGAGGCUGGGAUGCUAUUCUGAGUGGAGAGGACGAGGAUGACUUCUUUGAUCUACAGAUCGUCAAGCACUACGAUGGAGAGGUGAAAGCUGAGGCUUCCUGGGACUCGACGGUCCACGAAUGUCCUCAGCUGAGUCGAGGUGGAGCUUCUGAUCAGAGGGUCUACCUGAUUGUGCGCGCCGUGGUGCAGCUAAGCCACCCGGCAGAAAUGCAGCUCGUCCUGCGCAAACGAAUUUGCGUGAAUCUUACCGGACGACAGGGUUUUGCCCAGAACCUCCUAAAGAGAAUGUCCACACGGAGCACUGUACCUGGCUGUGGGGUGACCUUUGAAGUUGUGUCCAAUAUCCCAGGGGAUGCUCAAAGCUCCGAGGACCGUGAGAUGCUCGCCAGAAUGGCCGCCAACGCCGAGAACCCUAAAUCAUCUGACAACGAGGCGGCCAUAGAGAAAUACCUGCGCAGUGUCCUGGCCGUGGAAAACAUCCUCACACUGGAUCGUCUAAGACAGGAGGUGGCUGUAAAGGAGCAUUUGGCCGGUAAAGGAAAGGGAAGCAGACGGAGCCUGAGCUCUCCAAGUGUGCACAGGUUAUCUGGGAGCAGACAGGAUCUGUCUCUAAACUCCAGCCUGGAGGACAACAAGAAUCGAUGGGAAAGUCAGCAGGACAUCUUUUUGUCGGCUCCUCAGUAUAACCGCACGCUGCCUCGGCCCAGCAGAGAAUCCACGCCACCUCCACAAAGCCAGAGCCCACCACAAACCCAUGAUCAAGAACAAGGCCUUUCAGGGCUUGCCGCUUCUUAUCUUUCCCCAGUCAAGGCCCUCGUCCCUCAGAUGCCCAAGCUGCUGAAAUCUCUUUUCCCUGCUCGCGAAGACAAGAAGGACCUGCGUCCAUCCCCACAAUUACAACAGCAUGUGCCUCGUAUCAUGAUGCAAACUAGCAGCAGCCCGGAAGAAAACAGAGUUCGAGCAGAACCGGUGCCAGUCAUCGGGAGGAGUCCCGGCUCAGAGAAGCUCUCAGACAACCCUCAUGUAUCCAGCUCCUCUGUGCAGGACUCCCAUGAUCUGCCCCUCAGCCCCAUCAGUGAAGCUUCCAGUGGUUAUUUUUCCACCAGCGUCUCCACCGCAACCCUCUCUGAUGUCUCUGCCGCGUGCGGGGACCUUUUCUCGAGCCCAAACACCAACGAUGCGUCUAGACGGAGUGCAGACGAGAGUGUGGAUGCCUCUGUUCCUCUCAUAGAAACUGGGAACGAGGAACCGCAGCAGAAUAUGAAAUCCAAAGACCUUCAGCCAGCGCCUCGGAAUGGCGUUGCAUGUUCUCACUCCGAAGCAAAACUUAUAACCGUCCCUCCUUUAGUACCUAAAGCUGCUACAGAUUACACGUUCUCUCUCCAGAGGGUCAAAGCCUCCAACCUCAAGUCCUUCAGCCCCAUCAUGCCUGAGGAUGAGAAGGAGAAAAGAGAAAGAGGCAGGACAGAAGGCAGCUAUGAUGAAAUAAGCAGAGAUGCUGAAGUCCCUCACUGGCUCAGAGUCGGAGAAAGCGUCAUGGUGGCCAACAGUAAGUGUGGCACAGUGCGUUACGUCGGAGAAACGGAUUUCUCAGAGGGCAUCUGGGUCGGAGUCGAGCUCGACAUUCCUGCAGGUAAAAACGAUGGCUCUGUAGGGGGCCGUGAAUAUUUUCGCUGUAACCCCGGUUACGGAGUCCUCGUGCGGCCGGACCGAGUGAGUCGGCGCGAUGCGUCCAGAAAGCACGUGGAAAACCGGCAUAGCGGCGAAUUCCUCCAGGUGAAACCGGAUUCAGGCCUGACCAAUCAGAAGGCAGAGAACCGGAAAUCCUGGAGCAAUUAAACGUUCAAUGUUCCUUCUUGUACGAAGACAAAAACUAAUUCAUGCACUUGUGCUAUAUGACUCUGAUGCUUGGUUCCACACGGAGAAGCUACAGCAUUCCUUGGUUCUCACCUCUACACCAGCUUACCUGCUCACGUCCUGAGUUGCAUCUCAACACUGAAUAAACUUCGAUAGCAAAGAACCCUGUUCUCCGGGGUCAACCGCUCGGUUUUAUCCUGCCCUAAAUCAAGUCUUUUUGUAGGCUUGUGUUUUACGUGAUUAUGCAUGAUUAAUCCUUCUCUCCUUUAGUCAAUAAUCUGUGCUGAGAAUCCCGAAUGUGCCUUGUGAUUCUUUCUUUUUUUUUUUUUCUCUCCGUCCCUCUUUAACACUAGCGAGAAAGCCUUUUGUCAGCACGUGGUCUGAUCUCAGGGAUUGGACAGAGAUAACAGUUGGGUUUGAAAAGCAGGUUCUGCAUCAGAAGAUGCCAAACUUAUGGUUUAUGCAUAUAUAAAUAAAAUACUAGGUAUGUUGUUUUGAAGGCCUGUUCACACCAAACUUUUUUACAAUCUAUUGUGGUUUUUAACGCAUAAUUCCAAGUCCUUUAAUUAAUGUCAUACUGAAAGGUUGAUUGCUUAUGUUUGGAGCAGUAUGACGCAUAUUAAAAAAAAAAUUAAAUGGUGCUUUUAGCAGAGGCAAGAAGUGUACGGUUAUGGUUACGGCAUUAUUUUAGCUUUAAAUAAAAAAAUUGGAUCAAUUUAAUUUAUUAAAACUAGAUGUACAGGUAAACACUUUUAAGGAUCAGAUCCCUGAAGGUUGUUUAAGCUUUUUUUCUUUUUUCCCUCUCAUGUGGAAAAAAUGCAUACCAAGUAUGUGUAGGGGGGAAAAAAUGUUGCGUUUCAUGAUGUUUGGUAUGAACAGGCCUAAAGACAGGGAGUUGCAUGUUCAGUGCUAUAUUUAUUGCAUGUGGGAGAGUAAGAAAAAAAGAUUGUGUUGGGAGAAAGUUCUGUAGCUCCUAUGUUGGGAGAGGCCACUACAUACCUCAGAGCAUGUAGCAUGUAGACCCGAGUGAUUUCACAGUUCAGUUUAACUGGGCAAAGAGGUUUUAACGUUGCACUGGAAUUCACGAGACACCAGUGUGAUCAUUUCAACGACAUGAAGUCCAGUCUUCCACAAAGAGCUUUGAAACUAGUGAAGGCUCCAACGUUAGAAAUAAUGUAAGAGGACCAAUCCCUGGCGUUAUCCAAGGCUACACUGUAAUACGUUUGCGUAAAGCGAAUAAACGGAACGAAAGUCAUUCCAAGAGAAAGUAUUAAAUGUUUUGCAUCAUCGCGCAGUCGGAGAUGCGCAUACUUCGAUAUGAAGGAUCCCGAAUGAACGUUCUUGCACAUGGGAGCAGACCAGAACGAUGGGUUAUACCAUUUCAUUGUAAUCCUUACCCUGUGUUCACGCCAGCACACGACAAGCCGAUCAUGACACGCGUCUGAUGUUGCACGCUCCAGUUUCGAGAAGUUCUGUAGAUCUACACACCUUCUAAUGCUAACUAGUUCACCUCGGAUAAUUCGAGUUUAUCUUCCGUUUUUUUUGGACAUCAGUUAUUUUCAUCAAAUACGGUUCAGAUUUGUCGCUCGUUAGUGUGAACACAGGGUCAUUAAUGUGAUUUUCUUAAAUCUAAUGCAAUAUUGAUUUGAUUAAAGUAUAUUUUAAUGAUUAUAGAUACCUAUGUGGAAUUUUUAUAAACGUUUUUUCAAUUUAGGAUUCCCUCUUUGAAUUAAAACAUUGCACAUUUGAUUUAGAUUAGACAUGACCCCACCCAGUGGGUGUUGUUUUUUUUGUUUGUUUGUUUUUCCCCCCUUUGUUUUAUAGAGGGUUCAAUUCUAACCUAGAACCCGGUGCUGAAAUAAAAAGCCAUCAUCUGUUUAGCUCAGAGAAAGAAAAUUGGUAUUUAUUUUUCUUUUCAGUAACUACAGUCUUCUAACUGACAGAGCUUUUUAUUAAAAGUGUGUGUGUGUGUGUGUGUGUGUGUGUGUGUGUGUGUGUGUGUUUGUGCUCUCAUUAGACAGAGCUUCUUCAUCUUGUCAUUGCACAAGUCUUCAAAACUUUGUCUUGAAAAUAUAUCUUGUAUUUGGUAAAAGUCAUAUCUGUGCCUUGUGCAGUGAGAUAUAUAAUAAACUUACGCACAUGUUGGUCAGAA